AUGACGCGAGCCGAGGCUCCCCCAGAAGGGCAGCUAACCACACAAGUCCCCGCUGUGAGACCCCCUCCGGAACUUGGCAAGGAAGGAGUUGGGCACUUCCCGAUGGACGACUGUUCGUAUCGUGAAACGGUUUUCGGGGGAAGCAGUGGAUGUGCCAGUGUUGGGAGCACCAGCGGGUGUCAGACCAGCGCUGGUAGCAGCGAGCAUGGCUCUCCGAAAAAGACGUGCGCCGCCCGUCGAGAGAAGGAAGCCAUACCGCCUCUCACGGAUGUCGAACUCCCCUCGCGUAUAGUCUGUUUGCAGACGCGUGAAACUGUGAACGAAGGACAUCCGUCAGCGGAUGUGGCGGCAUCCUCCGGCGACGGCGAACCGGGCUCAAGCCACACGCGUCACCGGUCAAACGGCGUCGAAGAGCGCACGACUGAAGGACACACUUCUGCCUUGUGUGAAGGCAGCAAACGUGGUUCCAACUCAGAUGCUCACCUAGAAGGAGGCGAGGACGUGCGUUCCGGCGACUCGGCUUCGCUUCCCCUGUUGGCUCCUGCCUUCUCCCUAUCGGGGGGAUCGUCACUUUGCAUUGUGUCGGCGCCAAUAAAAAAUCCGGACGAGGAUAAUUCUCUGCCUGAACGCGUCCUGUCACCUCGAACUGGUGGCACCAUCGCUUCAUCGGUUCCCAUGCCUCGUCUGACCCCAUCGCCCUCUCCGUCGUCGUCACGAGUGACCACUAACUGUGCUGAGCGGAAGCAAGGGCCUUGCCUGAGUUCUUCUUCAUCUGAGCCUGCUUCCUUCCAUUCCCAUCCGCGCCACGUCCCUUCACGCAGCCCUCCUGAGCCUGUGGUCACGCGCCUAUCAGGCAGCGCGGCAUCGUCCCCGCGAGUUCACAAUGGAUCAGACCGUGUCUCGUUUGAUCGGCGCUCGUCUCUCGCGUCAACUCCUCAGCUUCUUGCAGGUCAAAAGGGUCUAGCUGAAGGCCCUGGGUACUCACUAUCCGUUUCUGCGCGGCUGCCAAGCCCUCCCACCCGCCGCUCCGCCCCGCUGGCGUCUCGGACCGAAAACGAAGCCGUCGAUGUGCUUCAGAAGCUUCAACAAAAGGAUAUACAGUACGUGAACGAGUCGCACCAGAAGCAGCUCACGGCGGAUGCGAAGGACAGCAUUGGCGCGUGGAUAAAAAGCUUAUCCAACGAAGACUUCAACGUCCUUUUCUACUACGUCCAGAAGCUGUCUCGCCCCGCGUGUGGGCUUUCUGUGGAGACAGACGCCGAAGAAACUGCGGCUGCCGUACGCACAGCUGCCGCACCUCCACCACGAAGUCCUUCUACUGAAGGCGGGAGUCUCCAAGGCAGUCGUGGUCCAUUGCAUUACCAUUCUCCUGAUACUCGUUCAGAGAGAUCUGUUUCACCUCCCGAAGACAUGCGAUUUCCCCUGUCGUCCCGGGCGCGUAACAGUGGAGAAAGUCUGACUUCCUCGCGACCUGCAGGGCUCCGCUCGACCGUAGAGAGUUCUGGUCCUCCAGCACCUCCUAGUGUGUUGCCAAACACGUCCUCGUCGAUGCAGGUGCUCCCCACUCGGACUCAGCUAGCCGGGAGGGACGAACUCGAAUUGACGGAGGAAGAGCUCUACGAAACGCGAAAAUCCGAUUUUUGUCGUCGGGAGGCUGCGCGGUACGGGGGCCACGUUUCGUGUCUCGCGUGCGGCUGCGCAGUGUGUAGCUGUUCAAAGUUCUGCGAGGGUCAUCCCUCUUGGGUGUCAACGCUCCUGGUCACUGCGCCCCCCAGCACCCUGGGCUGGGCACGAGAGCUUGAGCGUCAACUGUACGAGGCCAACACGAACCCGCCAGCCGCCGCGCCUGCAAAGGCGAAGGCUGGUGGGGGCAGCCAGGGGCUGCAAAAGUUCGAAAGAGAAACGGGUCACCGGUAUCAGUCGCGGCGAUCCUCCAUCUCGUCUACCGGGAGCGCAGCCACGACGAGCCGAAACGGCAACGCCGGAGAGGUUCAGGCGGAUGUCAGUUCUGCCCCAUGCCGGAGUGCGCUGAGGCAAGCGACAGCAGAUCCGUGGAGUUCGUGUAGAGGCUGGGGGCGUCACUUUGACACUUCGAAAGCGCGCCUAGCACAGGAAGCGGCUGCUCACGGGUCUCUGCGGAGGACCUCGAGGAGUAUCCGGUCGGUCCGCAAAGACGACGGCAGAAACGGGGAGGACGCAGGAUUUUCGUCGUGGGAGGAGGAGACUGUCGACUCGUUCUCAGUCGCACGCCAGACCAACGGGGCACCCCGCAGAUGCACUCAGCUGCCGGGAGACCUAGCUCGAGUGUCUGCGUCUGGAAGCGCAAGUUUUCAGGAGCCCGCGAUGCUCACGCGCUUUGCUGCUGCCGCAAGGAAAAGACGAGCUGGAGUUCCGCUGGCACUGAGUUCUCAAGAUGGCGCAGCCCAGUUUGCCGCAGCGUCUGUUGCUGAGUUCACAACAAGUUCAGGCGUGCCCCUGAGAAGUCGGAUGACUCAACACAAUUCUUCACCGUCACAUUCAGGCCUCUCUGUGCUCCGUGGAGGGCGCACUGUCCCGUCGUUUGAGUCACACAAUCGGGCGGGCGAACAUUCGGAGGAGAUCGCAGAAGACCAUGGACUCCGACAAGGCAAACGGCUGCGCUCGGGGGAAACUACUGAAGGCGAGCAUGCUGACAUCAAAAGGCCGCGUGUGACGUCUCCGCUUCGGAAAAACAAGCUUGUGGCUGCAAGUAGAGACGAACAAGUUCACGGCGGAGACUUGCAACAGCCCGAUACCGCGGCGCUCAGCAAUGGAGUCGGGAGCAACCAGCCUUGUGAGGGAGCACGAUCAGAAGAGAAAAACGCGCUGCCUCUGGCAUUUUCCCCGUCAGCCACUGGGAAGGAAGGUAAACCUCAACGGAGUGCGCGGGCAACUUCGGGUCCGCCGAAGCGCCAGUUUCGCGUUCACCAGUUGAUUCCAGAGCCGCAAGAGAAGGAAGGCCUACUCUGCAAUCCCACUCCCGCCCAGUUCAAUAAAUAUCCGAAAGCGAGAGGUGUGUGGUUCGACCCCCACAGAAAUCUCGUGAGAACCUGCUGGAAAGAAAAAGGAAAAGCCAAGACUGUGGGAUUCCCUGUGGCAAAGUUUGGUCUUGAUGAAGCGAGAUUUUUAGCAGUUCAAUUCCACAUGUGCAAAUGCCCCGAAGACCCUGUGCCGAGUGACCUCCAGGCGCGACUCCUGCAGACUCCGCGCCAGGAGUUCGAGUCCCGCUAG